AUCAGAAACAGAAUCCAAAGCCGACAGCAGAUACUGGAAAAUCGUUCAACAUGGGAAACUCCCAGAACCGUGCCACAACUGGCGAUGAAAAGUCACAGCCGCCGCCAGGUGGCAGUCUAGUCCGCUUGGGCAUUGGCGGCGGUGGCGGGGCAUCGCCCCUGGCCCUGGGUGGAGGCACUUUGGUGGAGCAUCGCAGUGGAGUGCGGAUGCUCGGUCGCCUGGUGGGACAGAAACGCAUACGGGAGGCAUUCCUGCAUCCAAAAGUGAGUUCCAAUUCGGGAGCAGGAGAAGCUGUUGCCAGCAGCGCCGAUGCUGGAGAGGGAAUUGCGGUGGUUGGGGACUGGACCACAGCGGCAGCAGCGGCGGCAGCGGCAGUGGAGCAUGGACAAUUGGAUGCCAGCGCAGAACAAAUAGAUUUUCUUCCCAUCAAACCGCCGCGUCUCAAGAAACAACAAAAGGGGCAACAGGAGCUGCAAGAGCAACAACUCUGCAGCCUAACACAGCUCUGUCAGCUGUCCACAAAGCUGCGAAAAAGUACAGCAGAGGAAGAUGAGAAGGUAGAAGAUCAGGCAGAGGAGGAAGGGGAAGCAAUACUGCCAGACCGGCGACUGCUGCAAGCUGAAGCUCUGCCCACCACUCAGCAGCCGCGCAAGCGUCGAACGGCACCGCAACCGCCUACCAAACCCAUGAGAAGAGGAAAGCACGACAUGGCUGAUCAUUCGGAUGAAGCUUUCAUUGAAGCGCUUUUGUACGACACAAUUGAGACAGCAGUAGCUGCAAAAGCACAAGAAGCAACGAAAGCUACAGAAUCAGCACAAGAAGCAACGAAAGCUAUAGAAGCAGCACUAGAAGCAACGAAAGCAACAACAAACGGCAGCGAGGCUGCAGUACAAGCAUCGAAAGCAACAACAAACGGCAGCGAAGCUGCAGUCGUAGACGACGUGGUCAGUUUGGACUAUACCGAUUCUCUAGAGUACUACAAUUGUGUGAGCGACAACUCCUGCUGCUAUGCCUCGAGUGACACUCUGACGCAUCAAGAGCAACAACAGCAGCAGCGUCAUCAUCCACGAUGCUAUCUGCAUAGCCAGCAUCGCUAUUACCAACAUCAAAAUCAUCAUAGCCAUCCCUUUGACCAUGAUCAGAGAUCGUUGUGCACCUCAUGCUCAAGCAAUGAUUCCCUAUUCACAGAUCCAGUGGAUGCGCUGCUUGUACCCAAGGACUAUCUGCAGGCACACAAAGCGGAGGCAGCAGCUGCAGGUCUUCCGAAACGGGAUCGUCCUUUGAGUGAGAUCAGCGUGACCUCGGUGGACACACUCUCGCCGAGCACAGCCAAGGCAGUGCUUGAGCUGCAGCGUCGCUGUCGCGCGGACAAGUUGGCCUGCCUGAGCCUUACGCCCAUAUCGUACCUUCAUAUAGCCAAUGAUCGGAGGGAGUCGGCGGAUGCGGAGGAGCGGAAUCCAGCAUCAGAGGGUUCCCCAGACGAGCUAAUGGCCCUGCAGUUGGGCAAGAAGCUGGCCCAGGUGCUGGGCAGCACCGCAACACCCCCGCCAGCUACGGCAGUCGGUGGCAAUAUGGAGAGCAGCGGUACCAGAGUGGAUUCCCCACUGGGCAAUGGCGAACUCUUCAAUGUGUCCAAGUCCAAGAAGGUGGAACUGCAGAACCUGUCAUCGCGUUUCACAGCCGCCGUUUGUCCAACGCCGCCGCCUCCCACCCAGGAUACAGGAGCAUCAGCAUCGGCCGUGGCAUCAGCAGCUCAAACAGCAGGCAGCUCCUCCUCCUCCGCUUUGCAGGCUUCUGCUCCAGCAUCAUCGUCGUCGUCAUCCUUGCUGGAAACGCAAUCAACUGUUAUAAUUUCGUUUAAAUCAUCUCAAACACCUGUGCAGUCUCAAACGACGAUUCAGAGCCCGACUCCGACUCCGACUUCGACAGCGACAUCAGUUCCAGCGUCUGACAAUGUGGAGGAUGACAUGGCAGAGCUGCCAUUGCCGCCGCUGCCGCUGCCGCCACCCCCUGGAUUUGGUACGCCCACAACGCCGCUGCUCACGAGCAAUGUGCUUAAGAAGGUCGCCAGCUUUACGGUCGAGAAGUCCGCGGCGGGCAGCAGCUCCUCCAACACGCUGCCAUUGAUGGAGGAGACAACGCUCUUGGCCACGCCGACAUCGUCGCUGUUGGCAACCCUGCCAGAGCUGGCAGGUGCCCCCGUCACAGGGGCUGGCGCUGGCUCUGGGACUGGUUCGCGUCGCGGCUCAUCUUAUGUACCGGAAAAGUUAAGCUUCGCUGCAUAUGAAAAGUUCGAAGGUCAAAUGCUGAUGAAAUGGCUAAUAUCCACACUGCAGGGCAAUCCCAAGACAAUGGCAGCCAUGGAGCUGCAGGAACAGUUUAAUGUGAUGGCGCUGCAGUUUUGCAAUAAUCUCAAAUAUGUUGGCGUACUCAAGCAGAUCUCUUCCAACGAGCAGCAGCAGCAGCAGCAGCAGGAUGGCGGCGGCACAGCGACGGCAGGAUUCAGUCCCUAUGAGAUGUACCAAUGGACACACACGGAACAGCCAACAACAUCGCUGCCCCUCACACCCGGCAAACUGGAUAAGGUCGCCUCUUGGCCCUUCUCAAGCACACCAGCGGGCCAGCGUACCUUGGAGGCAUCUUCGCUGGCAGCAGCCUCCACAGCAGUGGCAACAGGAGCAGUGGCAGCGGCAGGAGCUGCAGCUGCAGCGGCAACAACGGCCACGCCCGCAGCCAGCGACCCACAGAAGACUUUGCAGCAAAUCCUCAAGAAGCGACUUCUCAACUGCGCCACGCUGGCCGAGGUGCAUGCGGUGGUCAAUGAGCUGCUGAGCAGCGUCGAUGAGCCACCGCGACGUCCCUCCCGACGUUGCGUCAAUCUCACGGAGCUGCUCAAUGCCAGCGAGGCGACAAUUUACGAGUACAACAGGCCGCAGGAGAGCAGGAGCUGUGCGGAUGGUGAGACGCAAACGGAGGGGAAGGACUGUCAGGGCACGUGUCGCUGUGGUGCAGCGGCAGAGGGUACACCCGCGCCACAGCCUGCUCCAACGCUCGUUGCUCCUCCCGCUCCCCCGCCCCCACCACCGCCACCUGCUUUCGCUGGUGCACCGCCACCGCCGCCGCCCCCGCCCAUGCCUCCUGGAUUAGCUCCACCCCCGCCUCCACCCAUGCCACCAGGCAAUGGUGCGCCCCCGCCUCCGCCCAUGCCUGGCAGUGGCGCACCUCCGCCGCCGCCUCCGCCUGGUUUUGGUGGCCCACCGCCGCCCCCCAUGCCUGGACCAGCUGCUGGUGCGCCGCCACCGCCGCCGCCGUCUAUGAUCUCACCCGCGCCGCUGCCCGAUCCCGCGGAGGGCAAUUGGUUUCAUCGCACAAACACGCUGCGUAAAAGUGCCGUUAAUCCGCCAAAGCCCAUGCGUCCGCUUUAUUGGACGCGCAUUGUGACAAUGGCGCCGCCCGUGCCGCGUCCCUCCUCGAUAGCUAAUUCGACAGACAGCACGGACAAUGCGGAGAUCUGCGGCAGCUCGCCCGAUGAAGCGCCCACAACGAGCGCCAGUGGCAGUGGCGCCUCCACGCCGGGAGCCACGGCGCCUGCGGCAAUGGCACUCCCAGCCGCACCUGUUGUGCCUCCACCCACAAAGGAGAUCUGGACGGAGAUCGAGGAAACGCCGCUGGACAACAUUGAGGAGUUUACGGAGCUCUUCUCGCGCCAGGCCAUUGUGCCGGUGAACAAGCCGAAGGAGGUGAAGAUGAAGCGAGCCAAAUCCAUCAAGGUGCUCGAUCCGGAGCGCUCCCGCAAGGUGGGCAUCAUCUCCCGCAGCCUGCACGUGCCCACCAGCGAGAUCGAGCAUGCCAUCUACAAUCUGGACACAUCCGUGGUGAGCCUCGAGGCGCUGCAGCAUUUUGGACACAUCAAGGCCAGCGAUGAGGAGCUGCACAAGAUCAAGGAUGCGGCGGGCGGGGAAAUACCGCUGGAUACACCCGAGCAAUUCCUGCUGGACAUCUCACUCAUCUCGAUGGCCAGCGAGCGCAUCUCGUGCAUUGUGUUCCAGGCCGAGUUCGAGGAGUCGCUGACGCAGCAGCUGCGCAAACUGGAGACGAUACAGCAGCUGUCGCAGCAGCUAAUCGACAGCGAGGAUCUCAAAUUGGUCUUCUCCAUCAUCCUGACGCUGGGCAACUACAUGAACGGUGGCAACCGGCAGCGUGGCCAGGCGGAUGGCUUCAAUCUGGACAUACUCGGCAAACUGAAGGAUGUCAAGUCCAAGGAGCGGCAGACCACGCUCCUCCACUUCAUUGUGCGCACGUACAUAGCGCAGCGGCGGAAGGAGGGUGUCCAUCCGCUGGACAUACGUCUGCCCAUACCCGAGCCAGCGGACGUGGAGCGUGCAGCGCAGAUCAAGUUUGAGGAUGUGGAGAAGCACAUCAAUGAGCUGAAAAAGAAAUUUUUGGUCUUCAAGCGCACCACGGCCAAGGUGCUGGCUGCCUCCAGUGAGGACAUAAUGGAACCCUUCAAGUCCAAAAUGGAGGAAUUCACGGACAGUGCGGACACGGCGGUGGCCAAGCUGGAUCGCAUGCUGGAGGAUGGCCGCGAGCUGUUUCUGGAGACAAUGCGCUUCUAUCAUUACUCGCCGGAGACACAAACGCUCGAGGAUUGCACGCCCGAUCAGUUCUUUGAGUGCUGGACACAUUUCACCAAUGACUUUAAGGACAUUUGGCGCAAGGAGAUUGAGAAUCUUAUAAAUGAAUUGAAAAAGAAAUCAAAACAAGUGCAAAUCGAAUCCCGACGCAAUGUCUCCACGAAGGUGGAAAAGAAUGGGCGGCUCUCGCUCAAGGAGCGAAUGGUGAUGCGUCGCAGCAAAAAUUAAUUCUAGCUGCGCUUCUAAUAGAUAGAUAGACAUAUACAUAGAUAGAUACUUUUGC